AUCGCUAGGUAUGAUAAUAUGAACGAGGUAAAUUAUGUAGGAGGAGGAGGUAUUAUUUUCAUAUCUAGCUAGUACCAGUAAGUCGCCGUCAAUGGUAGACGUCUAACAUCUAUUGACAUUAUUGACUUGUUUGUAAAUUGUCUCAGUGCCAGUGUAGAGACCGGUUUUUACGUUUUACGAGUAACUACAUCCAUUUUGUUACAAUGUCACGUUUAGACCUCGUAAUAUUUGGUGCUACAGGCUUUACGGGUAAGCAAGCUGUAAUACAUAUGGUAAAAUUUGCUAAAAAAUAUGACCUUGCAUCAUGGGGAGUUGCCGGUCGAUCUGAAGCGAAACUUCGCUCUAUGAUAACAGAGGUCUCUAAAAAGACUGGAGAAGAUAUUUCAAGUGUAAAAAUCAUAAUAGCAGAUAUAGAUGAUGAUCAAUCUCUCAAGGAUAUGUGUAUUCAAACUAAGAUGAUUGUUAAUUGCUGUGGCCCUUACCGCAUGUAUGGUGAACCUGUCGUUAAAGCGGCUGUGGAGAACAAGACUAAUUAUGUCGAUGUAAGUGGUGAACCCCAGUUUAUGGAAACAAUGCAGAUCCGUUAUGAUGAACAAGCACGGCAAGCCGGAGUGUUUAUCGUUAGUGCGUGUGGUUGGGAUAGCAUUCCUGCUGAUAUGGGUGUUAUCUUCCUAAAACAACAUUUUGCUGGUACUUUAAAUUCUGUGGAGUCUUAUUUAGAGUCAUAUUUGCCACCAGAAUUUAAGGCUGAGUCACGAGAACGAGGCCUCAUCAAUUAUGGCACUUGGGAGUCAUUGGUAUAUGGUAUUACCCAUAUGAAUGAGUUGCCUGCUCUAAGGAAGAAGUUGUUUCCUGAACCUCUACCUCGUUUAAAGCCUAAACUUCAACGUCAAACACUGCACAAAAAGGACGGCAAGUGGUAUCUCCCAUUUCUUGGGGCUGAUGAGUCAGUUGUCUAUCGCACUCAGCGUUAUUUAUAUCACAAUGAACAGGAACGUCCUAUUCAAUUCAAAGCUUACUUCAAAUCUGGAAGUUUGGGUCAAACCAUUUUGAGUAUCUUUGGAGCAGUAAUACUUUUCAUUAUGACAAAAAUGUCAUUUACCAGAAAUAUUUUGCUUAAAUAUCCCAAGGCUUGUUCCCUGGGCAUGGUAACAAAGGAGGGUCCCACUGAUAAUGUUAUGAAUAAUACACAUUUUUCAUUUGAGCUUAUUGGAAAAGGCUGGGAGAGUGGUGCUGAUGUACAGAACACAAAGCCAAAUAAAACUGUUGUUGCUAGGGUUACUGGCACGAAUCCAGGUUAUGGUGCCACAGUUGUAGCACUUCUGAUGGCAGCACACACUAUUCUCAAGGAGAGAGAAAAGUUGCCAGGAGCAGGCGGAGUUACAACUCCAGGAGCCGUUUUCAAAAACACAAAUUUAAUCAACAAACUGAUAGAAAACAACUUGAAGUAUGAAAUUGUUGGGACCAAGUAAUACUUGAAUUUGCAAGCUUUAUUUCUUUAUUUAUUUUUGGCAUUAGAAGUUAAGGUUUACUUUUAAAUAAUAUAACAAUGGAAAACUAUGUGGUAGGAGGAAAGCAUUUCUAAUUAAAUUAAUAAAAUAUAUACUUGCAUAAAUAUUAAAA